UAGUCGCGUUCGUGUCUCCACGUUGUAAUAAUAUACAUAGUAACAAGAAGCCACUAAACAGCAAAACACAAAUAAGUAGGGUCUAAUCAAGUGAUAAUAAGUUGUUCUGCAAAUUUAGUUGGAUUAUACAAGAAUCGCAAAAAUGGGCGAGUUCCAGAGGAGUCCCAGUAAGGUCUGGUGGUCCGGAGGUGAAGAACUCGUGAACAGAUCGAACUGGAGGGCGAAUUCGGCGAGUCCGGGAAGCCAAGAUUCCGGCUUCUCAGACACAGAAACAUCUCCGCAUGAUCAAGGAGCGAAGAACAUCCCGGAGGAGCUGCUCAAGAAGGACAGCAUUAAGAAAACCAAUUUGACUUCAAAUAUAGUGGAAAAAAGCACGCCACACAAGGACUUGAUGUCCCCAAAGAACGGCUACUGCCUCCAGGCGACUCCCGUCCGGAAGAUCGAACAUCAGCAAUCGAAAUCCGAGCCGCCUGGAAGAUUCACGAAAAACCGAAAUAAUUACGCGCGUGUGAGCAGGAAUUUGUUCAGAAGCAUACAAAUGGAGGCGAGCAGUGCCGAUGCUAAUCAAUAUGCAGGUAACGAUUCCAUCAGCAGUGAAGUCACAUCGGACGAAAGUAUUUCUUGGCUAUCGAGUGAUAGUGAGCUACCGGAGUGCAUUAAAACACUACCAUUGGCCUCUUCGCCAACGGCAUCGUACCCACCGAACCUCUCGGCCCCAGCAAUACUUCAAGAGGAAGACGAAGUUGAAGACAACGACGAAGCUGUAACUUCGUUCAAUCAAAGCACGGAUAGCGACAGCGAACUCGAUGGACUGUUCCAACCGCCUAAGCAUACUUCCACGCCGAAAAUGCCAGGCGAGAAAGACACGGAGGUAAACAUGUUGCGGAGAGUCCACGCCAGGAAUUUGCUGGAAAAGUACAAAAACGAAAGAGUACCACCUACGACAGUAGAGAGCGUAGAAGAAGGUACAGCACUGAAGAAGUGGAUGGAUGACAUGCGGCGAAUGUACGAACCGGAAUGCAUGAUAACACUUCAAACUAAAUCAAUCGCCGGAGACUUAGCAGAUAGAGUUUCGCAAAUUGCCAGCAACUUGACUUAUCCCUUAAGACAGCUGAUACACUACAAUGGAUUGGUGGAAAAGGAAUUCGACAGCUUGAAGAAUCAAAAGAAACAUCAACGUCCUUUGGCGCAGAGUUUAGUCGGAAUCGUUCUCGACUACUUCCUGAAAUUUCCUACGAAAUGCAAAUUGCUGGAGCUGACGGACGAUCUUCGCACGGCUUCUGCAGAAGCAAUACCGAAAAUAACCGCACAAAUGCACGUCGAUUGGAAUUCGUUCUUCAAGCAAAAAUUGAACUCUGAAUUGGCAAAGAUACUUGAAUCUUUACAAGCACCUCGCAAUGAGCUCGACGUGCGUGCAAAUCUUACGGCAUUAACUUCCAUCACAUUGCGUAACGAAGAUUUGAUUGAACUCUUCGUAAACGCGCAAGCCGUUGAUAUUAUCGUCAUACUUUUGGAAAAAUGCGAUGGUUCAUCGGUGCGCGGUUUGUGUUUGAGGGCUUUGAGUACACUCUGUGUAAGCGCUGGAGCUAUAAGAGAUUUUGAAUCUGCUGGAGGUGUACAAAUCCUAGGUGAGAUCAUAUGCGAUGAAACCAGGCCUGAACCAGAAAGAACCGAAGGGAUUGCCCUUCUUGCUCAGAUCACCGCGCCGUGGAUCGAAGACAAUCAUACAGUACGCGGAUUGAACGCUCAAACCAAAAAGUUAAUCAAAUAUCUAACAAAAUAUUUGAAAUCUACUAAAUGUUGCCAGAGCAUUUUGCUGGCUGCAGCAGCAUUAGCAAGCUUGACGGCAAUGGAUGUUAAGAGUAUUAAAUAUUUGCUGCACAAUGACACUGCAGAUGUGCUUCUGAAGACUAUUAAAGGACACGGACCUAGGGCUUCAAUCUACUUGCUGGAGCAAGUUGCCAAUUUGAUAGCCAACAUGUCCUCAACACUUGAAGCAAGAACCAGUUUGACUAAAGCCGGAGCUCCCACCGCUCUCAUGUGCUUCUUACAAUCGCACAGCUUAGACGAUGAAGUAUUGAAGCGAUUGCAACAAAAGUCAAUCAUAGGUUUAUCCAGAUUAUGCGGCGAGAAAGACGCAGCGAAGCAAAUAGUUGAAAUGGGAGGAGUCAGGAGGUUGGUCAAUCUUUGCAGAGACAAGAAAGAACGCUUCGAUAGUGAUGCCAUCCUUGUAGCAGCACUCGCCACUCUGAGAAAGAUUACCGACGCUUGCGGAGUAUCUGUGGUCAAUGAAGAAGAUGCGCAAGAGCUGAUCCAACCUAAAUUAUUAGAUUCUUUCAUGGCUUACUCAGCUCAAAAUGAAAGCUUAGUUUAAACUCUUCAACAACAUUCGUGGAUUAUUUUCAAUCCCUUUAGUACAUAUAAGAAUUUGAACAAAAAUAUCUUAACUCGCAGCUCUAAACCAAAAUACUUAACUUACUAAAUUUUAAAAAUAUAUUAUUGUAAGGAAGUAAUGUCAGUU